CUGACUCCCGGGGAAAAUCCACCGCCGUGUCUUGGCUGCGCCGCGGCGGCGGCGGCGGCGGCGGCCCCGCUCCGCACCGCUCCGCACCGCUCCGCACCGCUCCGCGCCCAUCCGCGCUGCACUGCGGGGCCGCCGCCACUCGCAUGCUGCCGCCCGCCGCGCUCCCACGCGCGGGGCGCCGGCCCGGGCCGCGCCGGGAUCAUCCCAACCGGCAUCAACCCAACGCAACCCAACCGCUCCGGGACCAGCCGGGCCGGGAACAGCCCGACCGGGUCGCCGGGGAACCGCCCGGCAGCGGCCGGAGGAUGUAGGCGGCGGGAGCGGGGCUCCAGCUUGCACACGGUGCCGGGCGCUCACGCUGCGUGUUUGUUCUCUCCUGCUUUCAUCCCCAGCUAUAAAGAUCCCCAGCAGGACCCGCGCUGGCAAAACCUCGCGCUAAUUUGCAAAGCAGAACGGGCCGAGCUCGUGCCUCUGCCGGGCCGGCAGCUGGAAAAAAAUCGCUUUGCUCACGCCAGAAAGCCGGGGUGGCGGGAGGAGGCUUUGUGGAGCAUAUGGCCGGAUCCGGAGCAAAUCAAAGUCGACGGCGAGGUGGCCGCUGGGCCGGCUCUGGCGCCCGCUGGCAGGGAAUUGCAUAAGAGGAUGGGGCUGGGGAUGGUUUUGGGGCUAAGCUGGGCGAAACACGUGUCCGCGGCCGUGCGGAGCCAUCCCCAUCGCUGCCGGUACAGGCAGCGCUGCCUACGGGGCGGCCUCGGGGGAGGAGGGAAGGUUGGGCUGCUGAAAAAAUACACAGGGAGUUGGGUCAGGCUGUUCUUGGGGAGGAACACCCUUGCUUUUCCUUCCCUGGGCUUCAUCCCCCUCGUGUCACUCCCCCCCAGAGCCUGCUGCCCCCGGGAGACCCAGCGUGGAGGAGCUGCUGCCAGCCGGGGCCAUGAGGACAGCAUCCCCCUGAGCACUGGGCGAUGAGCCCGCAGGGAUGACCCUGCAGGAUGCCGAGGCUAUGGGGUGGGUGCUGACACGAUGAAGGGCUACCAUGGGGAGCGUAGCCAGGCACAGCCCUCCUCCGGCCACCGCUGCCGCUGCAUCCCAGAGGACUGCCAGCACCCCGCCGACUACGUCCAGCACGGCCCCGAGGGCCGGCCGCCGUACCUCCUCAGCCCCAGCGAGCCGUGUUCCCUGGAGCAUCCCUACUGCCCGGCGCGGAGCCCCGGCGCGGCCGGCGAGUGCCCGGGCGGUCCCCUGAGCGAGCCGCCCUCCGCCAGCGCCAGCAGCACCUUCCCGAGGAUGCACCACGCGCAGCAGCCCUACGACUCCUGCGACGAAUGCAUGGCGACCGCCCACCCCGCCAGCAAGAUCAACCGCCUGCCCCCCACGCUGCUGGACCAGUUCGAGAAGCAGCUGCCGCUGCACCACGACGGCUUCCACACGCUGCAGUACCCCCGGGCCGGCGGCGCCGAGCCCCGCAGUGAGAGCCCCAGCCGCAUCCGCCACCUCGUCCACUCCGUCCAGAAGCUCUUCGCCAAGUCCCACUCCCUGGAGGCGCCGGCCAAGCGGGACUACAACGGCGCCAAGAUGGACGGCCGCGGGGGCGGCUACCACCACCACCACCACCACCACCACCAUCACCACCACCACCAGUCCCGCCACGGCAAGCGCAGCAAGAGCAAGGACCGCAAGGUGGACUCCCGGCACCGGUCCAAGAUGAUGGGCUGGUGGAGCUCCGACGACAACCUGGACAGCGACAGCAGCUACAUGGUGUCCGGCCGGCACGCUGCCGAGCAGGGCCCCGGGUACUGCGUGGACGCUCCCGAAAGUGCCUUCAGAGACUUGACCUUGAAGAGUCUAAAGGGCGGCGGGGAAGGAAAAUGCCUGGCCUGUGCCGGCAUGUCCAUGUCUCUGGACGGCCAGACGCUCAAGAGGAGCGCCUGGCACACCAUGACCGUCAGCCAGGCCCGCGAAGCCUACCCCAGCGCCGGCGGCACCGAGAAGACCUUGAUGCUUCAGGAAGCAAAGGCCAAAGACCGAGCGUACCAGUACCUGCAGGUGCCGCAGGACGAGUGGAGCGGGUACCCAGCGGUGGGCAAGGACGGGGAGAUUCCCUGCCGGCGGAUGCGCAGCGGCAGCUACAUCAAGGCCAUGGGCGAUGAAGACAGCGCCGACUCAGACGCCAGCGCCAAAAUAUCGCCCAGGGCAGCCGCGCGGCGAGACAGCUACCGCCGCUCCUCCAGCGCCGACCAGGCCAGGACCAACUGCUGCACGCCACCGCGAAUGCUCCCGCGGGGACAGGGCUACGGGCGUUCCUUCACCACCGGCCAGAUCAACGACGAGCUCAACCACCAGUUCGAGGCCGUCUGCGAGUCGGUUUUCGGCGAGGUGGAGUCGCAGGCCGUGGAGGCGCUGGACCUGCCCGGCUGCUUCCGCAUGCGGAGCCACAGCUACCUGCGGGCCAUCCAGGCGGGCUGCUCCCAGGACGACGACUGCCUCUCGCUCUUUUCCAUGUCGGCCCCCGCCGGGCCGCCCAUCACCAGCAGCAUCCUGAAGCCCAGCACUUCCUUCAGUUACAGAAAAGCUCCACCUCCCAUCCCUCCAGGAACCAAAGCCAAACCCCUCAUCUCCGUCACGGCGCAGAGCAGCACCGAGUCCACCCACGAGACCUACCUGCCCGGCGAGGUCGCCCGCAGCCCCGCCUGGUCCAAAGAUGCCGCGGCGCGCUGCAACUCGGCCGAGAGCCUGGAGAGCUCCAAGGUGACGGCCGUGGCCCUCGACCUGCCUCCGGUCCAGCCCCGCGCCGCUCCCAAGCCCUCCACGCUCAUCAUCAAGGCCAUCCCGGGCCGGGAGGAGCUGAGGAGCUUGGCUCGGCAGAGGAAGUGGCGCCCGUCCAUCGGCGUUCAGGUCGAGGCCAUCUCCGACUCGGAUACAGAGAGCCGGAGCCAGAGGGAGUUCCACUCCAUCGGAGUGCAGGUGGAGGAGGACAAAAGGCGAGCACGCUUCAAGCGCUCCAACAGCGUGACGGCGGGUGUGCAGGCGGACCUGGAGCUGGAGGGCUUCACCGGCCUGGCCGUGGCCACCGAGGACAAAGCCCUGCAGUUCGGGCGCCCUUUCCAGCGGCAUUCCUCGGAGCCUGAGUCCGGCCGGCAGUACGCGGUGUACAAGACGGUGCACACGCAGGGGCAGUGGGCGUACCGGGAGGAUUACCAGCUGCAGUACGACACGGUGGAGGUGCCCCGGCGGGAUGCCUGGAUGGAGCGGGGCUCCCGCAGCCUCCCCGACUCCGGCCGUGCCUCCCCCUGCCACCGCGACGGGGAAUGGUUCAUCAAACUGCUGCAGGCGGAGGUGGAGAAGAUGGAGGGCUGGUGCCAGCAGAUGGAGAGGGAGGCCGAGGACUACGACCUGCCGGAGGAGAUCCUGGAGAAGAUCCGGAGCGCCGUGGGCAGCGCCCAGCUCCUCAUGUCCCAGAAGGUGCAGCAGUUUUACCGCCUCUGCCAGCAGAACAUGGAUCCCAACGCGUUCCCCGUGCCCACCUUCCAAGACCUGGCCGGCUUCUGGGACCUCCUGCAGCUCUCCAUUGAGGACGUCAGCAUGAAGUUUGCAGAGCUCCAGCAGCUCAAGGCCAAUGGGUGGAAGAUCGUGGAGCCCAAGGAGGAGAAGAAGGUGCCUCCCCCGAUACCAAAGAAGCCGCCACGCUCCAAGGUGCACCCGGUGAAGGAGCGCUCCUUAGACUCGGUGGACCGGCAGCGGCAGGAGGCCCGCAAGCGGCUCCUGGCAGCCAAGCGAGCUGCCUCCUUCCGCCAGAGCUCGGCCACCGAAAGCGCGGACAGCAUUGAGAUCUACAUCCCCGAGGCGCAGACCCGGCUGUGACCGCAGCCUCCGCUUUUCUACCCGGACUGGA